CGGCAGCAGAUCGGCCUCCUGUGCUCCGCCCCAGGCCCUGCUCGGCACGCAGCGAGCCGGGAGGAGCGGGCGCCUGGCGGCCGCCGCUACAACUGUCGUGCCGGUAGGAUGGGGCUGGACCCACUGUUCCAGGCCUGGAGCUACUUCAGGCGGAGGAAGUUCCGGCAGUGCUCGGAGCUUUGCUCGGAGUUGCUGGAGAGGCCACCCGGCGAGCAGGAGUCUGAUGCUGAAUACACAGUGUUUCAGGCUGCCUGGAGCCUGAAAACACGAGCUUUGACAGAAAUGGUGUACGUGGAUGAAAUUGAGAUGGAUCAAGAAGGAAUUGCAGAGAUGAUGCUAGAUGAAAAUGCCAUUGCUCAGGUCGCACGACCGGGAACAUCUUUGAAGCUCCCUGGAACUAGCCAAGGUGGAGGCCCCAGCCCAGCUGUUAGGCCGGUAACUCAAUCAGGAAGACCUAUUACAGGAUUUGUGAGACCCAGCACGCAAAGUGGGCGGCCAAGUACUAUGGAACAGGCUAUAAGAACACCUCGAACAGCGCUCACAGCUCGUCCAAUUACCAGUGCUUCUGGGAGAUAUGGCAGGCUAGGAACGGCUUCAAUGAUAACAAAUCCAGAUGGCCCCUUCAUAAAUCUGUCUCGACUGAAUUUAGCAAAAUAUGCUCAAAAACCAAAACUGGCAAAGGCAUUGUUUGAAUAUAUUUUUUACCAUGAAAAUGACGUAAAAAAUGCUCUAGAUUUGGCAGCCCUUGCCACUGAGCAUGCACAAUUCAAGGACUGGUGGUGGAAAGUCCAAAUUGGGAAGUGCUACUAUAGGUUAGGAUUAUUUCGCGAAGCCGAGAAACAAUUUAAGUCAGCUCUCAAGCAGCAAGACAUGGUUGAUACAAUCUUGUAUUUGGCAAAAGUGUAUUUGCGCUUGGAUCAGCCUGUAACAGCUAUGAACCUUUUCAAGCAAGGGUUAGAUCGAUUUCCUGGAGAAGUAACUCUUAUUUGUGGAAUUGCCAGAAUCCAUGAGGAAAUGAACAAUAUCUCCUCGGCUGCAGAGUACUAUAAAGAGGUCUUAAAACAAGACAAUACUCACGUGGAAGCCAUUGCUUGCAUUGGCAGUAACCAUUUUUAUUCAGACCAACCUGAGAUAGCUCUGCGGUUUUAUAGACGGCUCCUGCAGAUGGGUGUUUAUAACUGCCAACUUUUUAACAAUCUGGGUCUCUGUUGCUUCUAUGCCCAGCAAUAUGAUAUGACACUGUCUUCAUUUGAACGUGCACUGUUUCUGGCUGAAAACGAAGAGGAGACAGCAGAUGUGUGGUACAACCUGGGACAUGUGGCGGUGGGAAUAGGAGACCUGAAUCUGGCUUACCAGUGUUUUAAGCUCACAUUAGUCAACAAUAAUGACUAUGCUGAAGCUUACAACAACUUGGCUGUGCUGGAAAUGCAAAAAGGUCACAUUGAACAGGCAAGAGCUUUGCUGCAAACUGCUUCAUCUUUAGCACCUCAUAUGUAUGAACCCCAUUUCAAUUUUGCAAUACUCUCAGAGAAGGUUGGAGAUCUUCAGAGGAGUUAUAGUGCUGCUCAGAAGUCAGAAGAAGCGUUUCCAGGCCAUGUUGAUACACAGCAGCUCAUCAAACAGUUAAAACAGCACUUUGCUAUGCUCUGAUGAGCAUAUUUUUUAUGAUGUAAAAACAGUAACCAAUGCAAAUGUCCCAUACAUCUUUUUGAAAAUCCGAGCAGAUAAACCAUACUUAAUGCAUUCCUGUGGCAAAGCCUGUGGUACUUUGAGUAGAAGUAAGGUUUAGAGGUCCUAAUUAGUUUCUGUCAUCUUAAAACAGAUCGCUUACUGAAAUACGAGGACAUGUCGUAGCUAUAUACACGAGAGGUGACAGAAAUGGCAGGAUACUACUGGUAUGACAGCUGUGAAAUGGUUUUCUGGUAUAUAAGGAAGUAAGUCUCCAUGUAAUAUUAAUGAACAGUUUAAAAUGCUUUUUCUGACUUUUCUGCUGGGAAAAAAAAGUGGUUUUUAAAAUAUUCCUGUGUGACCGUCUGUCAAGUAAUACAGAAUAAUCAUACUUCCUAACUGGUCUUCAAUCUUGGCUUUUGAUAGUAUCCUUUCUUACUGAAUGUUAAGUUUUAAAAAUAAAAUACCUAAAAAGAAUUUAAAAUACCCUAUGUGAAGCAGAAGUUCUUGUAUUCCUUGUUGCACUGUGUGAAU